UGUUAUUGUAAUCCGUACAAUUGAUCCAUAUUAAAGAGCCAUUGGAACUACCACCUUUGUUAAUUAUAUCUACAAUGAGACUGCAAUCAAAGAGUCUACCACAGCUAUUGAAUGCCAUUAUUGACAAGUACUAUACUCUACUUCUCGAUUACAAUCAUUUAACUAUGGACAACCAAAACCCCAGAACAAUCCUUUUGAGGACGAAAAUAGCUGUUAGGCAUUGUCAAAGCCAUUGUUUGUACGAACUCAAAAAUCAAUUGGUAGAUGUCAGAACCUAUCUCUCAGUAUAAAGUCUACCCAAGGGAACCGUGAUGGAGAUGGCACCUAGAAAGCAGAUCAGAACACCUCAGCUCACAAUCUAUCUAAUUCAGCCGGACUCGAUAUUAGUCAAGUGAAUAUUCACAGGAUCUACCUCAGCUACUAAACUAUCAAUUCAACAAUAUGCCUGCAGCACCAAUGACCUCGGCCGCAAGGCUUAUCUCUAACCCCAACUUCAAGAGUGGCUGGGGAGCAGUUCUCACUCCCAAGACUAAUGAAGUAAUCCGCAGUGUAAAGAAGGAAGCCGACGGAAUGUAUCGAUUACAAACCGCAAGAGAUCGACCUAUCUCCCCGACUUCCAUAUACACCUCAUUGUUCUGGGAGGCGCGUAAUUUUAGAAAGACAUCCAUAGUCUUUACGCCCGCGGUUGAUGACGAACUCCAACUUUUCUCAGAGGAAGGUAAAGGGUUUGAUAAGGCUCGAAAGGAAAUUCGCAAAAAGGCAUCUGACAACAUCGACGAUGCUAGCUUUCAUCCGCUAUUUAAAUCUAUGCGUGAUUGUCGAUUCACGCUAUGGCCUAUCCACCUACCGGUACAGGACGUCUGGGUGACUGUCAUCUUGCAGAUUGGGGAAAUCUCCACGAACUUCCAAGAAUCUUCUACUCGUUUUGACCGAGAAGUGGUUGCAUGUGCUAUUGUCGACCCUUUACCAAAUGACCGUGAUGAUCGAAGACACUUUAUUAAGGAAAGAUUGGCAGAAAUCCUAGAAGAUGGCUGCAUCUAUUUACCUGACAGCGCUAUGAUUGAAAGCUUUACGACAGAAGACGUCUACGAGGCAUGGGAAACGGGACAUGUGGCUUACGCUAUAUGCCGAGAAUUCAUUCGUCGACUGAAGGUUCUCAAUUACCAAGAGGACUGUGGUCGUGCUGUGAACACCGACCUCCUCUGGACUGCAUUUGAGGAGCACUUUGACAUAGACUCCUACCGAGAAUCAAUGAUGGCUUCCUGUGCGCACCGUACCAUUCGAAACUCUGGAUAUCUUGUACGAAUGGCACUCGAGGUUCCUAGCGAGAAGUCGAACUACAAUCCCGACAGUUUAAAUGCUUUCUUCGAAGACCAACCUGAUGAGUGGUUUACAAAGCCCAAGGCAAAGCCAACCAGCAAGGCACGGGCCAAACCUUCCCAGAAAGGUGAGAGUAUCACGGCGCUAGCCACAGCUCCUGCAUCAGAGCAUGGGUCAGAAGUGUCGCAACCAAAUGACCCAGAAUCAGAUGGGAAUGGCUCGGACCAAGAUACGGAUGCAGAUCCAGUACCCGAAAGUGAUGUAUACACCUCUACGGAACCUGUAUUGGAUGGUCAUGACAAGCCUUUGGAAAGCCCAGUCCUUGAAAGCAUCGAGGCCGAAGAGCCUCAUGCCUAUGCAGCAGUCGUAACCGACAGCGAUCAAGGUCUCCAAGAACAGGGAAACACUUGCCAAGACCUUAGUAUUCCAGAACUCUCAAGAGAAGCAACUCCGGUUCCAGUUGUUGAAAUGCAAGCCACCCCUGAAGAAGCAGAACCUGGCUGCUCAACCCCGGCAUCAACCCCUGCUUCAAGCCCGGCAAAACGUAAACUGGAUGAACUAGAUGACGCUGAGCAGCCACCCACCAAGAGGGUGAAAAUCGAGGAUGCUGAAUAGAUAGAUGUAGGGACGAGUUUUUGUUUUUGGUGCUCUACCUCGGAGUAAUGUUUUAAUGCUAAGAUAGACUGCCUAGGUACCUAGAGAGAUAGAUAUCUGGCACCUACAUGUUAUGCUGUUUACAUGCUGAAUUUAUAAGUACCUGAUGUUUACGCGGAAGC